AUGAAUCUAGAUGCAGCAAUAAAUCAUUUAAAGGUAUUCUUGAAAUGGUUAGAUGAGUAUAGGGAUCAGGGUUUUGAGUCUGCACUAGUGACAGGUAAAGAAGUAGCAGAAGAAAUAGGCCUUAGUGAAAUUGUUUUUAAGUCUACAAGACAAAGACGGAAAAGGAGACACUUUGGCUAUGAAGCUACAGAUGACACACCAGAGUUAUCACCAAAAGAUAGAUUUAAAAUUAGCUAUUUUUAUGUGGUUGUGGAUAAAAUCCGGACAAGUUGUGAACCAAGGUUUGAAGCUUUGAAAUGCCAUGAAAAUAAUUUUGGCUUUUUGUAUGACAUAAUGAACCUCUCCUCCACUAUGUCUGAAAAAGAGUUGUUAAAUAACUGCAAAGAUCUGCAAGUUACACUAUCAAUAGUAAAUAACCAUGACAUAGACGGAGUAGACUUGUUUGAAGAGCUAAAACUAUUUUCAAGUGUUUUAGUAGAAGUAGAAGCUCAGCAAAAAAAAAAAAGAAACAAAUGA